GAUGACGUCAGAGGGAGUACCUCCACUCACAAGAAGCCGUACGUUAGUGAGUCACACAGUCCACAGUAGUGACCGAGGCUUUGGAGGACACAUCGAAGAACUCAAACGUCCCAAUAAGUCGUCCGAAGAGACUAAAGAAAAGACACCAUGCCUGCAGACAUUAACAAAGGCAAGAAGGCAUUUGUCCAGAAGUGUGCCCAGUGCCAUACUGUGGAGAAUGGUGGAAAGCAUAAGGUUGGACCCAACCUUUGGGGUCUGUUCGGACGCAAAACAGGCCAGGCAGAGGGCUACUCCUACACUGAUGCCAACAAAAGCAAAGGUAUCAUCUGGGAUGAGGAGACCCUGAUGAUUUAUUUGGAAAACCCCAAGAAAUAUAUACCAGGAACAAAGAUGAUCUUCGCCGGCAUCAAAAAGAAGAACGAGCGUACCGAUCUCAUAGCAUAUCUCAAGUCUGCAACCUCAUAAAGAACUCUACUUGUUCAAACUGCUCAAGAGGCCAGGACUUGUCAUUCUUUCAGAAUCAGGGAGAGAAGCUAGCAGUCGGAGAGGUGUUGGCACUCGUAGCCAAUCUUUGUCACCAUUGUACCUCUGUUUCUGAUGAUGAUCCUCCACUGAGGUGGAACAAACUAUAUCCCCUGGUUUUAACAGGUUAUUUUUCUAACAUAAAUUAUCAAACCAUAUACUGUUGUAUUCUGAAUGUAGGGACUGAACAAUGUGUAUUAUGUUUGCUGAUUGACUGUCAUCUAGUUGUACUGAGGUUGUCUCAAUAUUUGUUCCAAGAAUAAUUAUGCCUGAUUGUUUUGGAUUUCCUCUACAGUCUUUUAUUGUGUCCACUUUGAAUUUUCAAAUUGAAUAAAAGUAAGACAAAACAUUU